AUGAAGUCCUUCUCCCCCGUCGCUUUCGCCUUGAUGGCCACCCUCGGCAUGGUCGCCGCUGACCCUUCUGCCUCUGAGUGUGCUACCAUGUGUCUCUCCAACAUGAGCAAGCAGGCCGCCGACUUAGGCUGCAAGGCCGGUGACUUGGCUUGCCUGUGCAAGUCCGACAACUACAAGUUCGGUAUCCGUGACUGCACCAAGGAGGCCUGCCCUAGCGAUGACGCCGAGAAGGUUCUCGCUAUGGCCGUCGCUAAGUGCCCUGGCGGUGUUGCUGGCUCUGAUGCCGAUGACUCUGACUCCAAGUCCAGCGCUGGUGCUGGUGGCGAUGCCACCACCUCCGGCUCUGGCUCCGUGACCACCACUGGCGCUGCUGGCUCCAAGACUGCCUCCGGCUCCGACUCCAGCGCUACUGGCUCCGACGCCUCUGGCUCUGCCACCAAGACCGGCUCCGACUCCAGCGCAACUGGCUCUGGUGCUUCCGGCUCCGGCUCCUCCAUGGUCACCAAGACCAGCACUAGCACCGGCCCCUCUGGUACUACCACUACCACCACCACCUCCGCUGCCGGCGGCAGCGGCUCUGACUCCGACUCCGAGUCUGGCAACGGCAACGGCUCCAACUCUGGUUCCGACUCUGACUCCAACUCCGGCUCCAACUCCGACAGCAAUGCUUCUGGCUCUGCUUCCGGCUCUGCUGCCCCCACCUCCAGCGACAACGCCGCUGCCCCCAUGGCCACUCUUGGUGGUGGUGCUAUGGGUGUCCUCGGCAUGCUCGCUGUCCUCGCUCUGUAA